AUGAAGAAGGUCCUCGCCGCGAUAGGCAUGGCCCCCGGGGCGGACGGCAAAGGCCCGAAGAAGACGAUACGCGCGAACCUCGGGGACGACAACUCGUUCUACUACGACGAGACCCUCAAGACGUGGGUCGAUCGAAACGGGUCGUCCGACGCCAUCGCGAGCGACGCCGCCGCGCGCGGGCCUCCGCCGACGUCCAUGCCGCCGUCGAGCCUCGGCCCCGGCCCCGGCCCCGACGCGGGCGGUGGCGUCAGCGGCGGCGCGCCGCCGCCGGGCGCGGGGCACCAGAGGACCGCGAGCGAGGUGAGCGCGAGCGGCAGCGCCGACGGGACCGGGCGUCUCAGCCGCACCGCCUCGCUGUCGCACGUCAGGAGUCGGUACGUGGACACGUUCAAUCCGGCGGGCGGCGGCGGCGGCGGCGGCGGCGGCGCGGACUCGAACGACGGCGGAGACGGCGGCGGCGGCGGCGGCGGCGGCGUGAGCUCGCUGCUCGCGCCCGUGCUCCCCGGGAACGUCCCGGGCGGCGGCGGGGGCGGGUUCCUCCCGCGGCCCCCGGGGGCUGCGGGGGCGGCGCGAACGGCGGCGCCAAAGUUUUUCACCCCCGCGGCGCGACAGCAGCCGACGCACGCGGACAGCAGCGGCGGCGAGACGGACGGGGACGACGGCGCGCCGGGUUUGCUGGGCGGAGACGGCGGCGGGGGGUUGUUAUCCGGCGAGAGCGCGACCGCGGGCGCGUCGCCGAAGGGGUCGCGCUCUCGCCGGCGGGGCUCGCGACUCGGCGGCGACGCCGCGACGGCGACGGCGACGGCGAGCGCGACCGGAGGCGACGGCGAUUCCGAUUCGCUGAUGACGCGCCGCCCAGGGCGCGUGAGCACGACCGCCGCGGCGAGCGACGGCGGCGGCGGCGGCGGCGACGCGUCGUCGAACCCGAGCUCGGCGGCGCCGACGCCGGGGAGCGCGGACGGCGGCGGCGGCGGCGGCGGCGGCGCGUUGGCGGACUGGGCGCGCGUCGCGGGGCAAGCCUCCGAGGCGGCGUCGCCGCACGCCGACGCGGCGGCGGCGACGGAGCUCCCGGACGUCCCGGACGCGGCGCACGGGGGUGUCGGGGGCGGGGGCGGAGCUGGUCAGGUCGACGCGGGCGCGGCGGCGGCGACGGCGACGGCGACGGCGACGGCGGAGGGCGACCCCGGCGGCGAGUGGAGACAAAACGACGCCGGCGCGUGGCUGUGGUACCCGUCCGACGGCGGCGAGCCGAUACCGUACGACGGCGGCGGCGGCGGCGGGACCGAAGGCGGCGGCACCGUCGCGGGGAUCGACGCCGAGCGCGAGGAGCAGUGGAACGCCGCGCUGCGCGCCGCGAACGAGGCGACGACGGCGGCGGAGAGCGCGGCGGCGGAGGCGAGAGAGGAGCGCGCGCGCCUCGCGGAAGAGGCGGAAGCGCUGCGAUUGGACGCCGCGCGCGUCGCGGAGGCGCACGCCGCGGAGAUCGCCGCGCUCAUGGAACGCCUGAACGCCGCGGAGACGGCGGCGAAGGAGGCUAAGGCGACCGCGGACGCGGAGAUCGCGGCGGCGAGGGCGAAGGCGAUCGCCGCGUCUGGCGACGACGGCAUGCCCGGCGGCGACGCCGGCGACGCCGCCGGGGACUCCGUGCAAGCCGCGCGCGCGGCGGGAUACCGCGCUGGGCACGCGGACGGGCACCGCGAAGGCCACGGCGACGGGUACAGGGAAGGCCACGCCGCCGCCACCGCGGACGGCGAGGACGACAUGGCGGAUCUCCUCGUGUGCUUGGGCCAGGAGGAUCGCAAGAUCGAGCGCCUGAAACAGCUUCUCGAGGAGAAGGGCGUGGACGCGGACGCGGUCAUGGACGAGCUCGCCGCGGAGGAGGAAGCGCAGCUCGCCGAGCUCGUCAAGGGCGACGGCGGCGAGCGCGACGGCGAGCGCGACGACGACGACGACGACGACGCGGGCGCGGAGGAAUCGUCCUUCGCGUCGUCCGUGCACUUCAUGGCGGACGCGUCCGCGGCGCCCGGCGGCCACGGCCUCGGCGGCGGCCACGGCGGCGGGAGCGUGCCCGUCGGCGGUCACCACCACGGCCAGAUGCCCCCGGAGUCCCCCGACGCGCGGAUGCUCCAGGACAUCUCGUUGCCCUCGAUCCCGCCGUCGCCGGCGAUGACGGCGGCCGGGGUCGCCGUCGCGUCCGCCGUCCCCGCGCGUUUGCAGCGCCGCGCCGCGCACCAGGCAGCCGCGGACGGCGGCGCGAUGGACGACGAGUGGAACAUGUCCGGGGAGAUCGCGCGCGACGGCGAGGCGGAUCAGGGGAUAUCCCCCGCGGAUUGGGACCUCACGUCGCCGCCGCCGGCGCCGAGGACGUCGACGAACGACGACGACGACGCGGCGCCCGCGCCCGCGCCCGCGCCCGCUCCGGAGAUGGAGGCGCCGUCCUCUCCCGAGCCCGAGGCCGCCGCCGGGUUGUCCGCCUCUGCCGCGCCGUUUAGCUCCCCGAUCGGGGCGGGACCGGGCGGGACCGGGAAGGACGACGACGUCGCGUUCUUCGAUACCCUGAACAGCGGCGCGGCGGCUCAGGCGGCUCAGGCGGCGGUUCCCGUCGCGCCUCCGCAACCGACGCAGCAGUGGAACGAGGUCGCGCUCGACGGAAACGCGCCCGCGCCCGCGACGACGCUCCAAGGGGGCUGGCAGCAGCAGGACGCGUACGCCGCGUUCGUGCCGCAGCCCGCGACGGCGACGGCGACGGCGCAGCAGUGGCCGGCGCAGACGCAACCGCAACAGGCUGGGUACGGGUACGGAUACGACGCGUCGCAGCAGCAGUCGCAGCAGUACGGCCAGUACGCGUACGAUCCGUCGCAGCAACAGCAGCCGCACGGAGGUCAGUACGCGCAGCCGCCGCCGCAGCAUCAGCAGCAGUGGAACGGCGCGUUAGAGGACUCCGCGGCGCAGUGGGGGUACGGAAACUCAGGAGCGUGGACCCCGGGGGCGAACCAAGGGAAGUAUUGA